AUGAGAGAUUGCUCGACUUGUACGGUCAAGAACCGGCCGUGCGUUUUUGGAGAUGACUGGGAAUCCAUGCCAGACAUGCAAAGAAACUGACGAAAGCCAAUGUGCUGGUGUUCUGGAUUUGUCACGGAUAGUGCAGGCCAACGUCGAACUGAAAAGGUCAAAAAAUGAAGCGAUGCAGCUCCGGACACGAAUGGGGCAAGAUGUUCAACUUCUCACAACAUUGAACGAGAGCUUUACUGCAAAAAAAGCCAGCCUCUCUGCCGCAACGUCCUCCAUGGCAGAUGCAGAUAUUGAGCUUCUCCGAUCAGAAAUUCAGCGCCUAGCCGUGAAUGGGAAACAAGUUGUUGAG